AUAAAUUCAUUAGUCUAAAGUUUGACUGUUUCGUAGCUUGUUUAAUUCCCUUUUGUGAUAGUUAUUGGAGUCUUUGGGUCUUAUUAUUGGAGUCUUUGGGUCUGUGAUUAUAAGAGCUCAAUGACAAUGAGUUCUUAGUUCUUAGUCUCAUAGCUUGACUGUUUCAUAGCUUCUCAGCCCACGUUUUUAUCAAAUGACAAUGGAUAAAGUGUGAUUGUUUCAUAGCUUCUCAGCCCAUGUUUUGUAUUUAAUUAGAGAUGGUUUUUUUAACUUCAUUAGUCUAAAGUUUGACUGUUUCGUAGCUUGUUUAAUUCCCUUUUGUGAUAGUUAUUUACCUUUUCAUGUUUUGGAAUUUCGCAUUUCAUGUAUUGACUAAUUUCUUUUGAUAUUCAUCUACUAGGUUUGGACAAGACGACGGGAAACUGGCUCGAGUCAUAUCUGGAAUAUUUCGGAGGAAGUUCGAUGGUCCCUACUUCAGCUGGAAAGUGACGCCUAUACACAUCCAAGAAAGAUACUUCAGAACCUUUGCGCGGAAAUACAACUGGGACAGCGGGAUUACCGAUCUGGUGAGAGAAAACUUCCUGACUAUCGCUAGAAGACGGAUGAAGGGAAUUGUGUCUCAAGCUAAGAAGAGUGGUGAGAUGCCUGUUUGGAUUCACCCAAAUCUUUGGGUUGAAAUGUGGAACCAUUGGGACACUCCUGAAGCUGUUUAUAAGAGCAGUAAUGCAUCAGAGUGCAGUAACUCCGACCGUGGCGGUCUUGGAGUCCACAAACACUUAUCUGGACAGAAAUCAUACGUGCAAGUUCGACAAAAUCUGGAGGAAAAAUUGGGGCGUCCUGUAUCCCUUGGAGAAGUGUUUAUGUCAACACACACAAGGUCAGAUGGAAGUUUUGUUGAUCAAAAGGCUAAACAUGUCGUUGAUGCUUAUGAGAAGAACUUAGAGGAGAAAUUGUCUGAAAUAGAUGUUGAUGGUUCCGAAACUUCAGAUCCUUCGUCUCAACAAUCAACUCAACGAACCCUCACCAUUCAAGAAAAAGAUGACAUAUUUCUUAAGUGUACUUUCACAGAUAAUAAGGGAAACCCGUUUGGACUUGGACAGCUGAAAGAGACGAUCAAAAAAGGGAAGAGAAAAGAGAGUUAUGGAAGCUCCUCUUCUUCGUCUUCACUGUUAGAGAUGCAAGAAGAUCAUGUAGCUGCUCGUCGUAAGCUUGCUGAAGUGGACCAAGAAAAUGCUAGACGUGACGAGGAGCGACGCAAAGAUCAAAGUCCCGAAGCAACUGCAGCAGCAACCGUAGCUUCUCAACCACCAACCACCGCAGCAGCCACCGCAGCAACCACCGCAGCAGCCAUCCCACCUGCCAACGCACCAUACUCUUCACCAGCUGCCACUUCACCCAUGUCUAACACUUCUUCAUCCUCUCCCUUGGCUUAG